AUGGAGAUAGCUCUGGGGUCCAUUUCCCGUACACGUGCUUUCGUGGAAGACACGCCUAGGGAACAGGAACCGAAACGCUUCGAGGUCCCUGACAACUGGCCUGACAAAGGCAAUGUCGAGUUCAGAAAUGUUACAGCCAAAUACAACUCGGACUCGGUGCUUACAGGUAUAUCGUUUGUUGCACGAGCUGGGGACAAGGUCGGAGUUAUCGGCCGAUCCGGCAGCGGUAAGAGCUCUCUGUUAGUAACCUUGUUGAACUUUCUGGAGUACUCUGGAUCCAUCAUCAUCGAUGGUAUAGAUAUCAAAAAGAUUCCACAUCAACUACUACGCGAACGAAUCACGACCAUUACACAGACGCCAGUCGUGAUCGACGACUCGGUCCGAUACAAUUUGGUCCCCUGGGACGAGAAUAAUGAAUUCCCCGACUCGACUAUAAACCAAACGCUGCAGCAACUCGGUUUGGAGGAACCUAUCAAGUCCAAGGGCGGACUUGACGCGUCCCUGGAAAGCGUCGGGCUGUCUGCAGCUCAUCUGGAGCUUCUCUGCAUUGCGAGAGCCAUCCUGCAUCACAUUCAAACGGAAAGCAAGAUUGUGCUCAUGGACGAACCGACCGCCUCAUUGAGCGCAGCCUCGGAUCUCGAGGUGCAGCGGGUCAUGAAGGAGGUAUUCCAAGGCUGCACCGUUUUCAGUAUUGCGCAUUGGGACUCGCCUCUGCAGCAGAACGAUCUUGAGCUGUUCAUCGACAAGGGCAUGCUAGAGAACUCGUGGCGCUUGAAGGAUGACGAAGGAAAACGUGGAGAUGGCCGAGGAAAUGCUUGGCUCGGAGGAAGAGGGGCGAGCGCGGCGAGACCACCAGCCAAUUCUACGCAGGACGUUUCUGGCCCGGCGGCCGUGGCUGGCCCUGCGAUGCAAUCAAAGACAAUACCCGACCUGACCCUGCCCGACUCGGCAGACCCCCCAGUCAGCUCAUAG